AGAGGUAGGCCAAGGAGGAGGUUUAUGGAUGUGGUGAGGGAAGACACGCUAAUUGAUUUGAAAGAAGCAGGUGUAGAGGACAGAGGGGUAUGGAGACGAAUUAUCCACUGUGUCGACCCCUAACGGGAGCAGCUGAAAGAAGAAGAAGAAAAAUAAGACAUUUUAAGAAGACUUCCGCCCUUUCUAAUAUGGCGGACGCCUUGCCGCUUUUACCACUGUGUAGUCAACGGACGAGCUGUGAAUGGUUGAGCUCAUGUGGGCGGAGCUUUAGCAAAGCGGAGCAGAGCGCAGAGCAACGCACCACAGCGCACCACAGCGAGCCUUCAGCAGCUUUCCGCGGCACUUUCCUCCUCAUCAUCUGCGCUCGUCUUCGCCUUCACCAGCGUCAAGAUAAGCGGCUAGCCGCAGGAAGCUAGCUGUCAGUGACGAUCAUCAUCGCCUCGGUUUAGUCUCACAGCAAAGCGUCCAGUUUGAGCGCCGGAAGAAAGAAGACGGAAAAGAAAGAAAAAGAAACACGGCUCCCACGUUGAUGAAUCAGAUUUUCCAGCCCAUGUCGAAAAUGGGACCGAAGUGAUCAGGGGAGAUGAUGGACUUGAAGAACGUAAGCUGGCCGAUCCUGGUGGCGCUUUUCUGCGUCUCCCUCCUGGUUGUGCUCACAUGGCUCGUUCAGUUCUCACAAGUUCUGCUGAGGUCCAGAAAAGGCCUCAAAGCUAUGCGGAGCAGAGAGACGCCAUGGCAGCUGCCCCUACGCCUCACCCACCACACUUUGACCGGAGGAGUGUGGGGUUUGCUGCUCAGGUACCGACUGGGCCGAGGUGACUCUGAGGCCGGAGUUAAGGGCCUCCUGUCGUCACUUUUCACGUUCAGGUCGUUCAGAGAGCACUGGCAGCGUGCGUGGGUGAGAGCGCUGAAUGAGCAAGCCUGCCGGCAAGGGAGCUCAAUUCAAAUCACCUUCGAUGAUGGUCUUCAGCACCCGGUAUCUGCAUCCAUCGAUCAUGUGACCUGCACAGACCAGUCAGCACACAGCAUGGUUCUGCAGUGCAAAUGUUCGGUUGACACAGUAACAUUCCCUGUUACCGUCACUCAGCAGUCACCUGCAGCCGUCUCCAUGGAUACAUACCAGGUUUCCAUGAAGCCCAUACAGGCCCAGUUGCAGGUCUGCUUGGAGGAGGUGGAGCAAGAAGGACUCCUGGUGUCCUGGAUGUUUUCCCAGCAGCCUCUGCUAUCCUUAACCGUGACACCACGGCAGAGAGUCCAGCGAGAGGAUUCAGAGGCAGAAGUGGAUGUGGAUAUGAUAGUGAAGCUGGUGGAGGAUACACUGUACGCCACACAGCCUGCAAUGAUCCUCAACCUGAGAGCGUGUGUCUCCAGUCCUGCUUUUCCCAGAGAAAAACAGGAAGGUAGUCAAAACUCUCCGCAGCAGAGCAGUGCUAUGAAACGCCUUCUGGUUCGCCAACUCAAAGUCACCAGGAUCAAAAAAGAUUCGCAUGAUCAUGUUGGGGAGCUGUGCUGCGUCCUGAGUCUGGACAUCCCAGUGCUGGAGAAGAGAACCCGUUUCCUCACACCUUCCUCCAGCCCCAAAGCCACACUAGACUGGGGGGAGGACCUUACACUGGAUUUGCAACCAGAAACCAAAGAACUCAAAGUUAGACUAGUGGAACGCAAUAGCAAAGGAGAACGAUCCUUGCCAGGCCAUGCUUGCUUAUCCCUGGAUAUUCCUAAGAGGAGUCCCAGUGGACAGCAAAGGCUUUCCAUAACACCGGGUCACGGUCUGACACCGACAGCUACAGUCACAUUGGAGGUCAUGUAUGUGGAGUUAAAUGACGUACGUGGAUGUCAUAACGCCACCCCGCUCCGCUCCUCGCUCACGCCGUCCAAAAAAGUGGAUGUGGACCGUACGAUCAUGCCUGACGGCACUAUUGUCACCACCGUCACCACCAUCCAGUCACGGCCGAAACUGGACCGCAGACUAGGAGAUUCCCCCUCCAAAUCUCCAUCUAAGGUGGAGGUUACGGAGAAAAGGCCGACAGUGCUGACAGAGAGCUUCCAGACCCGAGCCAGCAUCAGCCCCACGGCUAACAGAAGUCCCAUCUCAAAUGGACUGGAUCCUGUAGCAGAGACAGCGAUCAGGCAGCUGACCGAGUCAGCCAGUAAGGCGGCAAAGAAAACGCCCACUAAACGCAGCACGCUUAUCAUCUCUGGAGUGUCAAAGGUUCCCAUUACAGAGGACGACUCUGCACUUUCAGUGGGUUAUGCCGCAGCCAUGGACGCUGCCCUGCAGGGGGAAAAUUCUCCUGCAGGGAACCACAACCAUCACGGAGCUGCUGCACACCAGGACGUCGAUGAGACCACACCGUCUGAUGCAUCUGAGCGGCCGUCUGUGGACGACGUGGAGUCAGAGACAGGAUCGACUGGAGCACUCGAGACACGCAGCCUCAAAGAUCAUAAAGUGGGCUUCCUUCGGAGUGGCACAAAGCUCUUGUUCCGCAGGAGACAUCGGGAGAAGAACUCGAGCUUCAGCCAGUCCCACGAGGACGUCACCAACCUGGACAACGACCCGUCCACGGCUUCCUGCUCCUCCAGUGGGCGCAAGAAAUCCGGAAGCUUCUCCCGCCGCCUGAUCAAACGCUUCUCCUUCCGCUCAUCUAAAAGCAAGGGCAAAAGCAGUUCAACAAACGGAGGCGCCAGUGCGCUCGACAACUGAAUCACACAGGGAAAGAGGAAAGACAUGGUGCAGGCGCCAGUCAAAAGACGUUUGAAGGAGUCGUGUAGACGAAAAUAAGUCGGUGAUCUGUGGUGUUCGUUUUCUUUUGUGAGACUGUGUCUUUGUUAGAUGCAAAUUUUGACAGAUGGCUCAGGCUGAAAUCUCAGAUAUGGGAAAGACAAAGGGGUUGUGAACUUCUUAAAGACUUUUCAUUGUCUAAACUGUUUAUUUAAUAAAAUACUUUAAAUGGCUGCUUCUAUGGAUAAUUAGGAAGGACCACAGAAGGAGAGUGAAAUGCUGUUCCAUUUGUUCAGCACAAGGGGGCGAUGUGAAUCAAUCCUCAUCAAAGCUUCCCAUCUUAUGUUGCUAUGUGGUUUUUUUUAAUUAUUUAAUUUCCAUCGGCUGCACUUUGGGACUUUAUCAGAUUGUUUACAGCGCCGGUGAGCGUUUUAUCAUUUUGUGUUUUGUAAGGUCAUAACACUAAAUUAUUUCUCCUUACCAAACUGGAAGUUUCUCUUAUAUUACAUAUGGUGCAACUUGUACUGUGUGACCAGUUGUUUUUGCUGUAGUUAAUGGCAAUUUAGAUAUUAAGCUCUGUUUUUUUCCAAUAGUGGUACUUAUUUUUCUUUUCAUUGUGGCACAGUCUUAUUUUAUAAUAUUUAUUUGUGAUCAAAAAAAAUAUAUCUUAAGGUUAUGUUGGAAGGGAAUUUUACUUGUAAGCUAGGACACGGGUGAUGGAGAUAAACUAAGUAACGUGAUCUAUGUUUCAUUUUAAAUUAUAUUUACUUACAUUUUCAGUACAAAUAUUUCAGGGUUCAUGCAUAUGAAAGAAAAAAAACCUCAGGGGACAAUAUUAACGGUUUGCGCAAAUCUUUUUUUUUGUUGACUUUUCAGCACCCAGAAACUUUAAUUUACAUAUCUCAUCUUUACUGGCAAUAUCCCCCCUUCCCAGCAUGGAUAGCGUAGAGAUCCAGGCCUACUCGUGUGCAAAUAGUGUUGUUUAAAUGAGAAUGCUUUAAUGUAUAAGUAAUGUUUCAGUAAUGUUUCGGACAUUUCCCAGUUAUCAUUUAAAUAAGCUUUACACUUCAGAUGUCAGACUCAGAUCAUCUAAAAAAGAGAUUCGAUUAUACAUAUCAUUUGUCCCACUUAGUAGACUGAAGUAGAUCUUGUCCUGUUUUUGCUCUUUUUCGAUGCUCUUCGACUUCAGAUGCACACAUUCUAUUGCAUGGCCAUGCUCGUACGAGCUUUUUCAUUAGUAAUGUUUGAAACUAGAGGUGCCCAAAACUUUUACCUAUGAAGGGCCAAAAAUCUAACUUGAUUGAGGGCCAUGGGCAAAAUUAAAUGUUGCAUUGUACUAAGCAUUAUAUUAAAAUUAAAGCUGCUAUGGUUACUCACAUUCAUGGUUUUAUAAUAUUAAAUAAAUAGGUAAUCUGCUUAACAGGUUAAUUACUACACAUUGUAAUCUGCAGCUUAAUUUCCAGAUUUCUAGUUCAGUGAAACUUCUAGAAUAAUAAAAAACAGUCUAAUACAUUGUAUAAUAACGUUUAAAAUCUAAUAAAGCAAUUCAGUGAUCUAGCAAGAGACAUAAAGCUGGUCCUUAUUUCUCACAAGUUUUUCCAAAUAGAAUGUUCUUCCUCUUUGCCCUCUCUUCUCGUAUAUAUGGCAAUGCAGGCCAAAACAAAGGGGUCAGUUUUUGCCUGUGGGAUAAAAGUUUGGUCAUUUCUGUUUUAAAGGAAUCAUGCAGUGCAUACAGGAUGUGUGUUUUCUUACUUUGGGUUCUUCUCUGCUAAAGAUGUGAAGUAAAACAGAAAUCCUCAUACUAACACUAACCUUAAAGACCCAGAUGUUUUUUCUUUCCUCAAUGAAGAGAUAAAGGUCCCCUCAGAUAGCUGGAGCUUUAUAUAACCAUGUGGCAUCUUCAAUACUUAAUGUAUUUGAAAUAAAUUAUUUUUUGAAAAUGCA